AUGGGCUUCGGUGAUUUGACGCCGUGGCUCGCGCGCGUCGGCUUCAACCCUGUCGGGUUCUCGCUCGCGUCGUCGGACGUCCGCGCGGCGAUCGCGGCGUCCGACUCGGACGCCGUGAUCGUGGGCGUCGAACUUUCGAACGGGGCAGAGCACGCCUUCGCUGUCGACCGCGUCGCGGGCAAGAUCUACGACGUCGCCGAGGACCCGCCCGCGCGCGAUCUCGGCGCGUACCUCGACGAGCUCGCGGCCGCCGGGGCCCACGCGACCCACGCGCGAUCCCUACAUGGACCGCCGCUCCCGAAGCAGCAGCCGCGGCCGACGGCGCCGCGGCCAUCACAGCUCGCGUGGCUCGGGCUCCAGAUCACGGCAUGCGCGCCGAGAGCGCCGCUCAUCGUCGAGCGACGAGAGCCGCUUUCGGAGCCGGCGGAGCCAUUCGCCCAGGAGCUCCUUCCGCUCCUCGGCGCCGUGCCGCCGCUCGCGCUCGCCGUCAAGCUCGCGCGAGCGGCGCUCGCCGUCGCCCUCGCGCCAUGCGGCGCGGCGCUCGCCGUCAUCUCCGCUGCAGAUGCGGUGCCCCCGGACCCCUUCCGCCGCGACGCCGUCAGCGUGUCUUUAGACAUCCGCGACGCCGAGCCCGUCGCCUUUUGGCUGCACCAUCUCAUCAGGUCCGGGCGAAUUACGCGCGCGCACCCGGCGAUCGAGAUGAUCGCCGUCCUUAUCAUGUCCUUACUUGAUCGCGCGAUCAGCGCGUGGCAGCGCGUCGCGCCCGCGUGGUCCGCGCUCUGCUCCGUCGUCUUCUGUUUGGGCACGGGGCGCGCGUACCGCCUCCUGUGCGGGAAGGGCCAUCACGGGAACGGCUCCAAGCGAGAGCUGAGCGUGAAGUGCGAGUCCGUCGUCCCGCGCGGCUCCGCGGCGAACGCGGCGAACGAAGUGGUCGUCGAGGUCGCGCACUCGACGUCGGUCGCGCGGGUGUUCCAGCAGGGCUCGCGCGUCAGCGUCGAAGAGAAGGGCGCUGAGAGCCUCCCAGCGCGGAUCCUCUCGUACGAGGCGCCCAGCGCCUCUCACGCCCUCGGCCGCCUCGCGCUGGCCGUCGAGUCGGACCGCCACGUCUCCGCCGCGAGCGACGCCGUCGCGCGCGGAGGCGCCGUCGUCAGAAAGGAGCGCGAGCUCAACGCCGAGGACAUGAAUCUGCCAGCGGCGCGCGGCCAGCGCCCGGGGACGUACGCGGCCGAGUGCCGCGUCACGGACGUCGACCUCAAGCUCGACGCGCCCACGGUGAUGUCCCAGGGCGAGUCCCAGCCCGUCCUCUCCUUCGCGGUCCUCGACGUCGUCGUCGCGCACGGGCGCCUCGCCAAGGACGCCGUCGUCCACGUCUGCCUCGUGAUCGACGAGGAGCGCCGUGAUCCCGUCGAACUCGUCGUUGCGGAGCCAUGGCGUGCGCCCGCCGACGGCGUGGAGGCCGCGGACCUCGUGCUGCGCCUCGACGAGGAGCUCCUCGCGCAGAGCGCGGCGAUCUCGUCCGCGAGGGCGACGCGGACGGUCCCGAGCUACGAGCUCCGGGGCAUCGACCCGCCCAUGCCCGCGCGCGAGGUCCAGCGCCUCUAUGCCGCCAGCCCGAACGACUUGUCCAUCGCGUGA